AUGUCUUUGGCAGACAUUGAUUUCGUCAUUUUCCCUCCAAGGUGAACAAAAACCCGGUGCUCUCACCCGUGUUAACACUGCAGACGGCUUAUCCCCUGCUGCCUGCAGGUGGGUCGUUGCGGAGAACACGUUUCGCCCCCCGUGGUUUCAUCGGUACGAAGUGAUGACUUCAAAUGCAGUUCCCCGACAGGGCGUCUGUGUAUGAAUGUUGCAGGAACUACAUGAGUGAGUUCAUGGUGAGACACUGACUGACACCUUUUAUGGACAACAAUGUGACACCUACCCUCACAGGGCCUUCUUCAGGGCUCCUACGACGCCAAGGAAGAAGGUUUCGCCCCAGGUAUGCAUUCAGAUGUGUUGAAGGAUGACAUUCGCUGUCAAUUACUAUCGGCGUCCAUCUGCAGGGGGUUGCUCGAUACACAACAGCUUCUCUGCUCACGGCCCUGACGUCAACGUUUGGCGGAAAGCGAGCGAAGAAGACACGAAAAUCCCAAAGCGAUAUGAGGAGACGAUGGCAUUCAUGUGGGAAGCCAACCGAGUCUGGCAACCAAGUGCGUAAUGAGGGAGGAGCCAAACCACGAGAAGAAACAAUCAAGGUAUCAUUUUCUUUCACACAGCGCUGUGGGCGAUGAAUUUGGAACAGCUCCAGCAGGAUUAUGCAGGUGGGCCAAAGCUGGAACGCGUAUGCGCUGAUCCACUGACAUAAGCCCAUGUUUUUCAGAGACAGCCUGGAGUGGGUUCCCGGCCGCCGACUUGUGA